UUUAUUUUAUUCUUUUUUUAUUUUUUUAUUACCUUUGUUAUAGUUUUUAUAAAAAUUGCAAUACUAAUUCAAGUUUUUAUUUUUUAUAUCAUUUUAUUUUAAAUAACCUCAAAACCAAACAAAUAAUUCAAUUACGAUUUCCUUUUUAGAUAUUUUUUUCUUAGCAAUAUAUAAAUAUAAAUAAAAUGGGUGACGAAGCCAAAGCUAAAGAAUUUUUAGAUUCAGCCGACAAAAGAUUAAAAGGUGGAAACUUUUUAAAGAUGUUUGGUGGUGGUUCAUCAAGAUAUGAUGAUGCUGCUAGCGAUUAUACCAAAGCUGGUAACUUAUUCAAAAUGGCCAAAAAAUGGGAUCAAGCUGGUUCAGCUUUUCAAAGAGCAGCUGAAUCCUUUUUAAAGGGUAGCAGUAAACAUGAUGCAGCUUCAAGUUAUGUUUUAGCAGCAAGUUGUUAUAAAAAGGGUAGCGUUGUUGACGCUAUUAAUUGUUUAAAAGCAGCAAUCGAAUACUAUACAGAUGAAGGUCGUUUCGCUAUCUCUGCUAAACACCAAAAAGAAAUUGCAGAAUUAUAUGAAGCUGAAGGUGAUAUCGAUCAAGCCAUCGCCAGUUACCAAAUUGCCGCCGAUUACUUUGAAGGUGAAAAUUCUACCGUAUCAGCCCAUCAAUGUCUCUUAAAGAUUGCUCUUUUCUCUGCCCAAUUAGAACGUUAUGAAAAAUCAAUUGAAAUCUAUGAACAAGUUGCUGCUGCUUCAUUAGAUAAUAACCUUACUCAAUGGGGUUGUAAAGAAUAUUUCCUUCGUGCUUGUUUAUGUUAUUUAGCUUCAGAUGAUGUUGUUGGUGCUGAACGUGCCUUACAAAGAUAUAAAGAUAUGCAAGCCUCAUUCAAUUCAACUAGAGAAUGUCGUCUUUUAGAUGGUGUCAUUCAAGCUUGUAGAAAUAAUAAUGUUGAUGAAUUUACUAAUGAAGUUGCUGAAUUCAAUUCAAUUAGUCCAUUAGAUUCAUGGAAAACUUCAAUUUUAUUAAGAAUCAAAAACACCAUCAGUGGUGAUUCAGAAGUUGUUUAAAGAGUUUUAGUAUAAAAUAAUAUUACAUUUUUUUUUUUCAAUUUUUCUUUAUAUAAAAAUAAUACAUACAUAACCAAAAGCAAUAAU